AUGGUAAUAGUAGUUCGGUCAGAUAUACCUAUGGGAAAAGGUAAAAUCGGUGCUCAGUGUGCUCAUGCUGCAUUAGAGUGUUGUCGCCAGACAUUAAAUAAUGAAAGGAAACAACAAAUGCUUCAAUCUUGGUUACAAAUUGGGCAGCCAAAAAUUGUUGUCAAAAUACCAAAUGAAGAGGAGUUAUUGAUUUUGGCGGAUAAAGCUCAACGUGCUGGUUUAAUUACUGCCAUAAUAAAAGAUGCUGGUAAGACUCAGUUAAAGCCUGGCACAAUCACAGUUGUCGGCAUAGGACCAGGAUCUAAUGAAGUUAUCGAUAGCCUUACAUCGAGAUUAAGAUUAUUAUAA